AUGUCGAUGCCCCUGACGAGACUGCCCGAACGAGCGCACCGCUCCGGCGACGAUGACGACGUCGAGCGCGAGUACGACCGGCUACGCGACCUCGCCCGCGCCGAGGCCGACAAGCGAAACGGAUGCUACGAACGGACGGAGCGCGAGGCUGACGACGACGGAGCACAGUCCAAGCAGGCCUACAACGCCGGCGACGGCGCGGCCGCCAAGGAACUCUCCAACCAGGGCAAGAUGCACGACCGCAAGAUGGACGAGCUCAACAAGCAAGCGUCCGACUACAUCUUCCGCGAGAACAACGCGCUCGGCAAGGUCGAGGGCGAUCAGAUCGACCUGCACGGCCAGUUCGUCGAGGAGGCCGAGCGCAUCCUCGAGCAGCGCAUCCGCGCCGACCAGGCCAACGGUCAGACGCACCUGCACGUCAUCGUCGGCCGGGGCAACCACUCGACCGGCCAUCAGCAGAAGAUCAAGCCGAGGGUCGAGGAGCUGUGUCGUCGGCUCGGGCUCCAGUGCCAGACCGAGGAGAAUGCCGGCCGCAUCUAUGUCAACCUGCAAGGAGGCGCGCCCCUCCCGCCGCCGCAGCAGCAUCACGGAGGCCAGCAGCACCACGGAGGCCAGCAGCACCACGGAGGCCAGCAGCACCACGGGGGCCAGCAACAGCAUGGCGGCCAGCAAGACGAGAUUGCGAAACUUGUCGAGAAGGCACUGCCCCGCAUUCUGCGCAAGCUCGAGAAGGCCUGCUGCGUCAUCAUGUAG